AUGCAGGCUUUAACUUUCUUAGCUCUAGUGAACUCAGGCCUCUCCAUUUUGGCUCAGCUGGUACCUAACAAUGGGCAGUAUGUUCUGCCACCGGAAUUAAUGGACAGCGGCGGAUACAUUGUGAAAAUUAUGCCGAAAGCACCGGUGAGCUACGCCAACCCAUUUCCGUUGUACCAGAACCCUUACGCAGCGAUCAGCUACGUAAAUCCUCAAGACAACUUCACACCAGGUGUCUACGACGAAUAUAAAAAGCGUGAGCGCCUGAAACUCUUCUACGACAGUCUAGCGGCGAAACUAAGUAGCGCACUGCUCGACAAAAUCGCCAUCGCUAACCAGGCCAAUGGUGACAACAUUCAAGGCCCUCUGCCGACGAGGGAGGUGCUGACAAGUAAAAGCGCCCUUUCAAAGGAAUCCGCUCCAAUCCUAGACACUGGAAGGAGAAGCCCUAAUAAUUUCAACACUGAAGCAUCUGAUACACCGAUAAUUAUACCUGAAAGCCCUCUUGAUGACAAUACCAGAAAAUAUUUGAACAGAAUAACGUACAUAAUUAAUAAAAUCCCCCAAACUAGCUUUGCAGAGCAAGCAGAGCUGAAUGAUUGGAAAAGUUUAACUGACACUCAAGGAGAUGAUAUGAAAGAUAAAGUGUUUGUUAAAGAUCAACAAUAUUUGAAUCAGAAGGACACUAACCUAAAUGAACAGAAAGACCUUGGUUCCAUCGAUGUUAAUACUAAGGAAAGUAGUAAUAUUGAAAACGCGAAACAAAUUGAUUUGGAGAAACUGAAUAAAUUUCUUUUACAUAACAGCAUUCCGCAAAAAUCUGAUCCGGCGCUAUUCGAAACGUUAAAAGAUUUAAAUGAAAAUCUAACGUUACCAUAUGAAUCGACACAAGUAACAGAGAGAUUGCUUACUAUAUACAAAAGCGAAGUAACGCCGAUUAGGAAAUACAUUUUACUAAAGAUAUACGAUUAUUUGACAAGGAACAAAGCAGCACAGUCUGAAACACUCUGGCAGCCUAGUUUCGUCUUAGUUUUGUUGGACUUAAAGAAGGAAGCUAGCACCGAAAACACUGAUGUUCUGAACAAUGACGAUGGAAACUAUAUCGUGGUGGAGCCAUACAAUUAUACUAAAGACAUCGAAUUGGCGUUAACGAAGCUGGUGCAAAAUAUGUUUAAGGCACAGCAGGAGAAGAACGAUGCAAUCGUUAACAAUGAUGAUAUUUUGGCCAACUACACGAUUAAUCAAAUAAGCGAGACAACUCACGAAGAUACAAAAUCUACCCUUAAAGAUGUGUCGUGUCAAGAUGCUAAUAAUAAAUUCGACGCUAUUCUGAAACUGCUCGAAAACAUUUUCAAUUUGAAUGAGGACGAUAAUAAAAUAGACUUGAACAUGCAAGAGUUUAUAAAAGUUUUCGAGAUAUUAAAUAUCUUCAGGAAUAGGCUCAGCCUUGAAAGGGGUGGCGAAGUCACGUCAUCGAGUAUUCUGAUCUUGGAAUUGGAACGGCAACUGUUGCAGAAAAAUGAUGGCAUAUGUCAUCAGCAGCCGAAUGCAAUUGCGCAAACGCUGAUAUCACGCUUAGUCGACGUGCUGCAAGAAGUAAUUCAAUAUUUGAAGGCGAAUGAUUACGAUGAUGAAACAAUAAAGGAGGUAGUUGUGAACCUUGUGGAAAUCUUGAUGCCCGAUAUCAACGCGAUAGCUCUAAAGGAUUGCGAGGCUAGAGCGCAGGAGGAGCUAAUAGGCAAGCUUUUCUCCAAAAUAUACUCGGGAAAAAACGUUGAGGGGAACAAAAUUCAGUUCGUAUCCGGAUAUGAGUUAAAAAGGGACAGCGUUGAUAAUAUAUUUCACCUAUUGUCCAUGCAACAGCUUCUUGAUGACAUUUCUAAAUAUAAAAAUUUA